GAGAAUGCUGUACCAGUGUGUCUGAUGGCUCCUCCAGAAGUUCAUUCAGUACUACAAAGGAGAACAACGACCAGAUAAAUCUGUCAGCCUAUUUAAGUGACCUCAAGAAGACUCUGGACAAAACCAGCUAUAGUAGCUUUAUUUCAGCACUCUUGGCGUACAAGAAGACAGAUAACUAUGACUCUAUGAUAUCUGUGGUGGCAGCCCUUACUACAGAAAAGCCAGAACACUUUCAUCUUCUACAGAGGUUCUCCAUAUUUGUCCGCCCACAUCACAAGAAGCAGUUCAUACAGAUGUGCAGGGAGCUGACUGGGAUGAAUUGCCCUGGGGAAGACAAGGAGAUACGUCCCGUUGGUGCAGAGCUUCCAUCCUGCACUGUGGAAGACAGUGAAAUUCCGGAUAAAGCUGCCAGACAAUGCCCAGAUUCUUCCAAGAAUGAGACNCUACAGCAGUUCCAAAAUCCAGACUCGCAGGAAGUCAAGAGCGGACCCACCAGAUUACGAGAAUCCACAGAUCAUGGCAGCCUGCCCCUCUCUCCAGUAGGCGGUAG